AUGCCGCGAGUUAAGGCACUUCAGAGCGAUAGUCGACAGAAGAUCUUCAAGAGCAUCCCUCCAAUGAAUGACGACAGCUCGUCCAGACGACACCGCGUUGGACAUCUGCUGUGGCAGCGGCGAGGCGAUCUCUCCUUGCUGCUGGCGGAGGAGGUGGGCCCCUCGGUUCACGUGGUGGGGCUUGACUUUGCCGCCCAGCAGCCCCACCACCUGCUGGCGGAGGUGGUGGGGCUGACAUUCGCCCUAUCAGCUUGCUGUAUCUCAUCAUUCCCCUCUCUUCUUUUUCACGCCUCUCCCCUUGACCCUCACUUUCACAGAGCACGCCCAGGCGACACUGCCCUCGAUAUCUGCUGUGGCAGCGGCGAUCUCUCCUUGCUUCUGGCGGAGAAGGUGGGUCCCUCGGGGCGCGUGGUGGGGCUUGACUUUGCCGCCCAGCAGCUCGUUGUCGCCGCCCAGAAGCAGCAAGACAGCUACUCGGCCCGCAGAGUGGACAUGAGGUGGGUGGAGGGCGACGCCCUUGCCCUGCCGUUUGAUGCAAACUCAUUUGACGCCGUGACCAUGGGGUACGGGCUGAGGAACGUCACCAGCAUUCCACGUGCCCUGCAGGAGAUUCACCGCGUGCUCAAGGCUGGUAGCUCUGCAGCCAUUCUCGACUUCAACCACACAGAGGACCCUCUUGUGGCCGCAUUCCAGGAGUUUGCGCUGCAGAACGCGGUGGUGCCGGUGGCGCGCAUGUUUGGGCUGUCAGAAGAGUACGAGUACCUGCUGCCCUCCAUCCGCCGCUUCCCCACAGGGCGGCAGCAGGAGCAGUUGGCAAAGGAUGCUGGAUUCUCCAAGGCAGUCCAUUAUGAGAUUGGAGGAGGUCUCAUGGGUGUGCUUGUGCUGCAGAAAUGA